CGAACGGCCGGUUCCGGCUGAAUGUCAGUGCGGGGCUGUGGGCCGGGGAGGAAGGUGGUUGGCGGUCCCGCCACCACCACCUCCGCCGCUGCCUCUUCCACUUGUGGUGCUGCCGCGGGCGCUGGGCCGCUCGGCUGGUCGGGUAUGAGACCGUGAGGAGAGCGACGGGCCGGGGCCGCCGACAUGUUUGGCCGCUCGCGGAGCUGGGUGGGCGGGGGCCAUGGCAAGUCCUCCCGCAACAUCCACUCCUUGGACCACCUCAAAUAUCUGUACCACGUUUUGACUAAGAACACCACAGUCACAGAGCAGAACCGGAACCUGCUGGUGGAGACUAUCCGUUCCAUCACCGAGAUCCUGAUCUGGGGAGAUCAAAAUGACAGCUCUGUAUUUGACUUCUUCCUGGAAAAGAACAUGUUUGUUUUCUUCUUGAACAUCCUGAGGCAGAAAUCAGGCCGCUAUGUGUGUGUUCAGCUGCUGCAGACCUUGAACAUCCUCUUCGAGAAUAUCAGUCACGAGACUUCACUUUAUUAUUUGCUGUCCAAUAACUAUGUAAAUUCUAUCAUUGUUCAUAAGUUUGACUUUUCUGAUGAGGAGAUUAUGGCAUAUUACAUAUCGUUCCUGAAAACGCUGUCGUUAAAGCUCAACAACCACACUGUCCACUUCUUUUACAACGAGCACACCAAUGACUUUGCCCUGUACACAGAAGCCAUCAAAUUUUUCAAUCACCCUGAAAGCAUGGUUCGCAUUGCUGUAAGAACCAUAACUUUGAAUGUCUACAAAGUGUCAUUGGAUAACCAGGCCAUGCUGCACUAUAUCAGAGAUAAAACCGCUGUCCCUUACUUCUCCAAUCUGGUCUGGUUCAUCGGGAGCCAUGUGAUCGAACUUGAUACCUGUGUGCAGACAGAUGAGGAGCACAGGAAUCGGGGGAAGCUGAGUGACCUGGUGGCUGAACACCUGGACCACCUGCACUAUCUCAAUGACAUACUGAUCAUCAACUGUGAGUUCCUCAAUGAUGUGCUCAGUGACCACCUGCUCAACAGGCUCUUCCUGCCCCUGUACGUGUCCUCCCUGGAGAACCCUGACAAGGGAGGAGAACGACCGAAAAUCAGCCUGCCGGUGUCUCUCUAUCUCCUGUCACAGGUCUUCCUAAUUAUACAUCACGCACCUCUGGUGAAUUCCUUAGCUGAAGUCAUUCUGAAUGGCGAUCUGUCUGAGAUGUAUGCCAAGACUGAACAGGAUGUUCAAAGGAGUUCCGCCAAGCCCAGCAUCCGGUGCUUCAUCAAGCCCACCGAGACGCUGGAGCGCUCCCUUGAGCUGAACAAGCACAAGGGCAAGAGGCGGCUGCCCAAGAGACCCAACUACAAGAACGUUGGGGAGGAGGAAGAGGAGGAGAAGGGGGCUGCCGAGGGCGCCCAGGACGACGCCGAGAGGGCUCCAGGUACAGAGGGUGGUUCAAAAGGCGUGAAGACGAGUGGGGACAGUGAAGAGAUCGAGAUGGUGAUCAUGGAGCGCAAGCUCUCGGAGUUGGCCGCCAGCACCUCCCUGCAGGAGCAGAACACCACAGAUGAGGAGAAGAGCGCUGCGGCCACGUGCUCUGCGGGUGUGCAGUGGAGCAGACCCUUCCUGGAUAUGGUGUACCAUGCCCUGGACAGCCCUGACGAUGAUUACCAUGCCCUCUUCGUGCUCUGCCUCCUGUACGCCAUGUCUCACAACAAAGGCAUAGAUCCUGAAAAACUAGAGCGAAUCCAGCUGCCAGUGCCAAAUGAAGCCGAGAAGACCACCUAUAACCAUCUGCUGACUGAAAGACUCAUCAGGAUCAUGAACAAUGCUGCCCAACCAGAUGGGAAGAUCCGGCUGGCUACCCUGGAGCUGAGCUGCCUGCUCCUGAAGCAGCAGGUCCUGGCCACCUCUGGCUGCAUCAUGAAGGAUGUGCACCUGGCCUGCCUACAGGGCGCAAGAGAAGAGAGUGUCCACCUCGCAAGACAUUUUUACAAGGGAGAAGACAUUUUCCUGGACAUGUUUGAAGACGAGUACAGAAGCAUGACAAUGAAGCCCAUGAAUGUGGAAUAUCUCAUGAUGGACGCCUCCAUCCUGCUGCCCCCAACAGGCACACCACUGACAGGCAUUGACUUUGUGAAGCGAUUGCCAUGUGGUGACGUGGAGAAGACCCGGAGGGCCAUCCGGGUGUUCUUCAUGCUGCGUUCCCUGUCACUGCAGCUGCGAGGGGAACCUGAGACCCAGUUGCCGCUGACUCGGGAGGAAGACCUGAUCAAAACCGACGACGUCCUGGACCUGAAUAACAGUGACUUGAUUGCGUGCACAGUGAUCACCAAGGAUGGUGGCAUGGUCCAGCGAUUCCUGGCUGUUGAUAUUUAUCAGAUGAGUUUGGUGGAGCCUGACGUAUCCCGGCUUGGCUGGGGAGUGGUCAAGUUUGCAGGCCUUCUCCAGGACAUGCAGGUGACUGGCGAGUACGACGACAGCCGUGCCCUGAACAUCACCAUCCACAAGCCCACGUCCAGCCCCCACUCCAAGCCCUUCCCCAUCCUCCAGGCCACCUUCGUCUUCUCAGACCACAUCCGCUGCAUCAUCGCCAAGCAGCGCCUGGCCGUCGGACGCAUCCAGGCGAGGCGCAUGAAGAUGCAGAGGAUAGCGGCCCUCCUGGACCUCCCAAUCCAGCCAAGAACUGAAGUCCUGGGCUUUGGACUUGGCUCCUCCGCCUCCACCCAGCACCUGCCUUUCCGCUUCUAUGACCAGUGCCGCAGGGGCAGCAGCGACCCCACAGUGCAGCGCUCUGUGUUUGCAUCCGUGGACAAGGUGCCAGGCUUCGCUGUGGCCCAGUGCAUAAACCAGCACAGCUCGCCGUCCCUGUCGUCACCGUCACCACCAUCUGCCAGCGGGAGCCCCAGCAGCAGCGGGAACACCAGCCACUGUGACUCGGGGGGCUCAUCCUCCACCCCGUCAGCGACCCAGAGCCCAGCAGACGUCCCCACCACUCCAGAGCAGCCUCAGCCUCCGCCUCACCUUCCCCACCAGCUGGUGAUCGUCAGUGACAUGGAAGCAGACGCCAGGCCCAGCAAGAGCCUGGCCAGGGGCACAGAGGUGGAGACGGCACACCUGUCCCCCAGCCUCCUCCCCGCACAGCAGCCCACCAUCUCCCUGCUCUGUGAGGACACUGCCGACACGCCCAGCGUCGAGUCACUGACCCUGGUCCCGCCCGUGGACCCCCACAGCCUCCGAACCCUUGCUGGCAUGCCCCAGCCUCCCACGCCAGCCACCGCAGGCACAGAGACCCCAGAGGAAGAGGCUGCGAGUACAGAGCCCACGGGCCCUGCCCAGCACUGAGUGGGUGCCCAGGGCCUCCCCUGUGCGUGCAGCCCGCUGGUAGGGACCCCAGUGCAGUGACGGCCGGACAUCGGAAGCACCCACAGCUCUUCACGCCCCGGUAACAUCUGCACCCCCGUCCCUGAGUGCCGCGCAUCGGAGGCUGCUGUGCGCCAUCUGAAUCCCUCCCCACUCAGACCUGAGAGCAGCCGCGACCCACGGAGACACCCAGUGCACACACCGCCACGGCCCCCCGGGGAGGCAGGAGGAGCGGGCUCCCGUCUCUGAGCCCACCAGCACCCUCCCUCCCUGGCCUGGCGCCUCUGUCACCCUCCCUGCUGUGCACAGAACUGGACAAGGUCACUUUGGGUAGAAGUUUGCAGCAAGGCAAACUUAGAUACACACCUCCUUCGACUAUUUAUUUCUGCGUUUGGCAGCAGAUGAAAGCAUUUAUUUAAAAGGCAUCUCUUUGGGGAAAAGUCCAAACAAAUCCACAACUCCAAGGUCGGAUGUCACGUUAGAAGUGUAAGAAUCUUGCUAAGGUUUCCUUUUGGUUUCCCUUGAGUUUCUCCAUGUUUUACUGUAGAGUUCUUAUUGUCGCUGUCACUGUGUCUUAAAUGAGUCUUAUUUCCCUCUUACUAACUUUGCAAGCCUGUGGAAUGAUAAAGUACCUUCCUGAAAAGUUUGGGUUCUUUCUAAAUAAAACUGAGGGAGUUACAUGUGCUCUCAGGUCCGUGUGGCGUGAGAGGCCGGCGGCUGCUCCAGGCCUGACCCGAGCGAGGUCUCCACACAGGCCCAGCAGCUGUCCCCGAACGUGCUCCUCACUCGCUCCAGCACCACCGGGGACAGGUCUCCAGCCCCUGCCUCAGUUGCCACCUUCUCUCUUUACCUGUGAAGGGGCCACUGGGGACCGAAGACUCCAGACCCAGUGGCUUGACAGGAACAGAAGACGGGACGUGUCCUCGGCGUCACCUGCCACCCCCUGUGCGUACACAAGUCCAGAGAGGCCCCAGCUCAGGCAGGGCCCGAGAGCACCAGCCUGCCCCUCCCCGCUGCUCUGCUGCCAGGACUCAGGCUUGUCCCUUCCCCGCUGGCUGGCAUGUGCAGGCAGCAGGAUGUGACCCUGCCACCCCUUCUCCACCAGCGUGGCCGCCAGGCUGCUCCAUGGCACAGCUUUCCUGCAGGCGUGUUCAUAACAGGUGUCAGUGUCCACCCAGCCUGGCUACUCGGGUGGCCUCAGGAGGAGUGCCAGGAGCUCACCAUCUCCCUACUGGAGGGAGGUGGCCCUUGCCACCUCUGCCAGGCCAGCCUUCCCUCGGGGCCCCGAGGCCAGACCUCAUCUCCUGAGGAAGCCAGCAGUUCUGCCAGCCGGGGCAGCGGUGCCUGUGGGACGGCUCUGCAGGCAAGAGCCGCCUCGCUGGGGUGCCUUCAGCCGUCACCGCCACGACUUCCCUUCCACCAAGACCUGCUUCCAAAAGGAGGGCACUGAGGCAGGGGGUCCUCAGCAAAGCUCCUAGGAAGGGGAGGUGGAGGGAACGGGCCGGGGAGGCGGGCUCCUGUGCCCAGCAGCCGGCCACGUGUGCUCCAUCUUCGGAGGGAGGGGCGGACAGAGGACAGGCCAGCCCUGGUUUUGAAAUGACUGUCUCCGUGGGAGAAAUGAGAAAGGCCAGCAACUUCCCGCCCACCGUGCCCGUGAGAACCACAUGCAGCUCCCUGGUGACACUCAUGCCGGUGGCCCCAGCCUUCCAGGACCACCGCCUGCUCCUGAGACCAGGGACCCCAGCCAGCUCCACAGCUGCCACGGCUGAAGGACAAAGGUCACGGGCAGACCCAGGAGGACCAGGCGCUGGGCAAAAGGCCCCCGUCAGGCCAGGGCUGCUACCCUCUGUCCCCAGCCGUGCUCGCGGGUCAUCCCCAGGAGCUUCCUUUCACCGGUGUCGGUAGCUCGCCUCAGUGAGACCCCUCCUGGCCAGCAGGGUGGGGACUUCCUCAAGCAGGGUGGGAGGCGGGAGGAGGCCGCUGGCCCUCUGGGCUCUGAAAAAGGACCCGCCUCGUCCAGGUCUUGGUUACCUCGGCGCAGAUACAGGUGUCUUCAGGGGCACCUGGGACCUCCCAGGCCUGUCCAGGCAGAGCACGUGGGUCUCUGGCGUCCGGCAGGGGUCUGGGCAAGCCCUCAGCCGGGGCCACGACCUCUGCCUGCAGGACUGACAGACGUGGGGACAGCCUUCAGAAGCCCAGUCAGCACUCGGGACCCCUGCAGAGAGCACAUGGCCUGCCCUGGUGGCCCUCCCAAGUCCCUCAGGCCCAUUGGGUUUGCCUCAGGGCGGCCACUGGAACCCCAGACCUCUUGGCCUUUGAGGUUGCCAGAGCGACAGACGUACGUGCCCCUUUCCAGUUUGGAGGCUUGGGCAUGCAGGACACCCCAGCAAGUCAGAGCAAGGGUGGCCACAGCAGGGGGGCUGGAGGAGGGUCCUCCCUGCCGUCCUCUCUGCCUGGCUGCUCUCACCCUGCAAGAGGCAGCUCCCCACCCAGGCACUGGCAGCACCAGGUGCCCAGCUGGGCUCUGCGUGGUCUCUGGGAUGCACUGGCUCCAAAAAGGCGCCGAUCCUGAUCUACUUCCAGAUGCAAUAAAUAGGAAACGUUCGCUGUAAUCAUGCUGACCUUGGGCAUAGUCUGAGUUCCUUAGGUUCCUUAUGAGUUGGAAAGAUGCAAAUAGUUCUUGUCCCAGGGAGGAGCAGGGGUUGGGAAACAGCGCUCCCGGCCGUUCUCGGGAAGUACCUGCCUCGGCCAGCAUGACUCACGCUUCGUGGGUACAGAACACGAGGGUGGAAAUGAAAACCCGGACUUCCUUGUAAAUUGAACUUGGCAAUAAAAGAGGAAAAAAAGUU